UUCUUAAAUAUGGUGGUUGGAUUGAAAUAGUAGAAGGUAAUCCAGAUUUUAAAAAUGGAGGAAAAAUUUUCAAAGAGUUUUAUAAAUUAUCAGCAGCAACAGCUUUUAGAGAAAAAGGAGUCGAUCCUGAUAUUGUAAAUAUAUUACCAAAAUUUAUUGAAGAAAACGAAGAAUUGACUGAUUUUGGUUACAGUAGAGUAGAUGCUCCAUUAGGUGAUUGGAGUGGUUACCUUGGUUUUGUUAUGUUAAAAAGCGUACGAAAAAUCUUUGAAGAUUUUGUAUUUAUGCAGGAUCUAAUGAAAAUUUCCAAAGAACAAUAUAAUGAAUUAUUGGAUAAUUUUGAAAAAGAAUCAAAUGAGAAUAAAACUAUAUUAGAAUUGUAUAGGUUUUUCGCUAGGAAAGGUCAAAUUAGUUAA